ACUACAUACCCGGAAGUAGAAUCAGAUUUCCUCGGAGAUGUUAUGGGGCGGAAUGGACGAAGUUUACGGCUAGAAACUGAAAUGUCCCUGUAACCAAGGAUUAAGAGUUACCUUGGCUUUGUUACGAUAAUGUGUCGGGAGACUCGCUCCUCUUCUGGCCACGUUUUAGUUCUUCUGUUGCUUUGUUUGCUCUCCUACGGGUUCUUCACUCAUGUUUGUGCCUGCAAACCAGAGCCAGAGACGCCAGACUGGAGGAUGACUCUGAAAACUAUCCGCAACGGAAUACACAAGAUCGACACGUACUUGAACGCAGCGCUCGACUUGUUUGGGGGCGAUGACGGGCUGUGUCAUUAUAAAUGUAGUGAUGGGUACAAGCCAGUACCUCGUCCUGGGUACAAAAACCCACCACCCAAUGGAUGUGGCUCACCGCUCUUUGGAAUUCAGUUUGAUAUAGGCAUUCCAUCCAUGACCAAAUGCUGUAACCAGCAUGACCGCUGCUAUGACACUUGUAGCCGUGAGAAGCACGAUUGUGAUGAGGAGUUCCAGGAGUGUCUGGAGACCAUCUGCAGGAAUGUGCAAAGGACUCUGGGAUUGUCCCAGACAGUCCAGGCGUGCGAAUCAGCAGUGACUCUGCUUUUCGAUGCCGUCAUGCAUUUGGGUUGUAAGCCGUACCUGGACAGCCAGCGGGAGUCCUGCGUGUGUCAGUAUGAAAUAAAGAAGGAACUGUGACACCACUACAGAAACAGUGGGAAGAACACAUUCAGAGACAGGACUCUGACUGCAGAGCGCCAGCAACAUUUUUUCUUUAACACUAGUAGAUUUUCUCAGGGAAGAGGCUUCUUUGAAUAGAGAUUAACUAUGUUCGUCUUUUAAUAGAGUUUUGGAUUACUUGUGUGUGCAAAAGGAAUGAAAAUGUGAGCUGAUGCUGGUUUCUAUUGUGCAAAAUGGUUAAUUUUGCCUGUAGAACUGUCUAUUUAUGUUUUAUUAAAUAAUAUUUAAUGUGAUUAAUUAAAGAAUGGUGUUUAGAACUAGUUAAGGCCAACAGUUCUAACGCUGUAAGACGAAAGAUUUUAUGUCCAGAAAUUCUGUUUACAAUGUAAAAAGAAGCAAUAAGCUCACAACAACACUGCACUACCCAUAAUAAUCAGUUUCAUUCUAAGCAAGUUUGCUGUUUGUUUUAACUGGAGAUCAUAAUAUAAUUUUGUAUUUGCCCCUUACAGAUUUUCUCUUUAAGGGGCAAAUGUGACUAAAACACAGUCUAAACAAUAUAUUGGUCACAUUAGUGAUGAAUAUUUGCUGUACUUAGGCUUGUAUUGUUUUUAAAUAAUAAAAUAACUUGUAAAAACUUUAUAGCAGAACAGUUUGCCAGAGAGGAUGUGCAGAUCCUCCACCCAUAUUCAUCCCUAACUACCUAAAACCUUUUUCAGGAUUUCGUCUAUGAGCCAGUAGGGUACUAUAAAAAUAAUAAUGGCUCAGACUUCUGGUCAUAAAAUCAGUAGGUCACUAUGGUCAACCUGUUCACACAGACAGGUCUGCAUAUUGGUGCAAACAGAUUUAUUGAUGAGAAUUUUAUUGUAAGUGAUUAGAGUUUUAACUGAAUAAAAAUCAAAGUUGGAAACAA